AUGAGUAAACUUUCCUCUUUAACUACACCACAAAAACGAACAAUUACACCGAAAAAAUCAUCCCCAGGGCCUCAACUUGUACCAGCAUAUUCACCUCAUGGGAAAACUUCUAUGCCUUCUCCAAUGAAAUUAGAAAAAUCAAAAACAAUGGAGUUAUUUCAUCUUCAAGUAGAAGAUGAUAUAGAAGUACGUCUGAAAACUCUUGGUGAUUCGCUUUAUAGACUUUCAGUAACUAAUAAUGAUUUAGAGGAAGUAAUUCGUUCAAUUAUUAAGUUUGGUCGUCAUAAAACCUACGACAAAUAUCCUCCAGCUUCUAUCCUCAAUAUAUGUUUUACUGCGCAAAAGUGUCCUCCAGAUACAUUGUUAUUGACAUUGGCUAUAGGUGCUAUUAUGGUGUGUGUAGGUAACAAACCAUCACCUGAUGAAACCAAGAAAUUCUAUGAUCUUGCUAUUGGUUUGAGAAAGCAUGCCAAUAAGUUCACGCUUUAUUCAGACAACCCGAAAAAGGGAAAGGAAGUGCUUGAAAAGAUCAUACGAAUAUUUAGAUUAUCUAGGGGAACGUUAGACGAGGAUAUUGAACAGCUUCUUGGCGUUAAAGAGAAAUUUUAUGACUUGAGUGACCAAAGCUUUCAAUCAAACGAAUCUUUACAAAAAGCCGCAGAACCAAAGAAAAGAGAUAUCCCUCGAGUUACAUUUGACGAAAAAACUAUUACUUGCCAAGGCUUGAUCGGAAAAUCUAAAAUGGAUGCAUUAGAAGAACUCGUUUCAAUUGGAGAUAUAGAAUACUUUAAGACAUUUGCACAAAUGCUUAUAGAUGAGUAUCCAGAUAUAGACCUUACAAGAUACAAAAAUAUUGCCCACAAAUGGUUUUCAAUUUGGGACACUGCAUACCAAGGAGUGUUAUUCGUAUGGAAGGAAUUUAUUACAGAUCCAACUUUUGAAGUUGUUUUAAUGUUUUUAGUAAUAUCAGAUGAAUUUCCCCCAUAUUUGUUUAUUGGGAUUACGAGUCUCGCGAAAGAAUAUUUUGAGAAACAGAACCAUGAGAAUUGA